AUGGAAAGCAUUACACUGGUACUUGCCGGAGAUUUUCGGCAGACACUACCCGUUGCUCCACGGGGGACACGAACUGACCAAAUGCAUGCAUGCUUAAAAUCAUCAUAUAUUUGGAAUGAAAUUCACAGACUUCAUCUUAGAAGUAAUAUGAGAGUUCAGAUUAAUGGAGAUACUACUGCUCAAGAAUUUGCUGACAAUUUGCUGAAACUAGGAAAUGGAUUCUUCACCCCAAAUAAAAAAGAUGGAUGCAUAUCAGUGGAAUGUAUUGGAAACAUCGUGAAAAGCCACCAAGACCCUUUACUUGCAAUAUUUCCUAAUUUAAGACAGCACUUCACCGAUCACAGCUGGCUGUGUGAAAGAUCCAUUCUUGCACCAAAAAAUUAUACAGUGAGAGCCAUUAAUAAACAACUUUUAGGACAGUUACCAGGCAGUGUUAAAAUUUACAAGUCAGUUGUUACUAUGUGUUCUACAGAUGAGGCUGUAAAUUACCCAACUGAAUUUUUGAAUUCUUUAGAACUGCCUGGAGUACCAUCGCAUAUUCUGGAGUUGAAAGUUGGUGCACCCAUAAUGCUGUUGAGAAAUUUGGAUCCCCCUUCACUUUGCAAUGGUACAAGAUUAUCUGUCUAG